UACAUUCGCAACGUGGAAAUCUGCGUGGCGCACUGGGGAAAAUACCGAGUGAGCCUACCCGGGUCCCGGGCCGCCGCCGCCAUUCUCCAACUUGAAGUUGGAAUCCCCCACCUUCGCUCGACGCCAAUGCCUGCCAGUGUCGACCGAGUGCGCCUGCAAUCCACCACGGCUCGGUUUAUCAAUGGCUUUGUACUCUGCAGCUUUGGGUUGGUCAUUGUACUCGCCCUCAUCCAGACGACAAUAAAUUUGGGCCGCUACCUGCAUCCUGCCACUCCUCGGGCAGUCCAACUCUAUCCGGGUACUUCACCAGUGUGGGACAUCGGAGCCCUCCCUCUUGUGCAAAUGUCGGUGGAAGACACAGUGAACUACCAGCUAAACGACAGUCUUGCCGAUGCGCAAUGGGCGAGCCUUACGCCCAACAACGGCAUCGUCUACGUUGGGGCAGAGAAAAGCCCAUAUUUGCUCUCGCUGUUCCACCAGCUCAAAUGUCUCGAUAUUAUUCGACGAAUGCACCUUGCUGUGAAGUCAAAGGAUCACUCGUACGACGCUCUCGGGCGGCAUUGUUUGAAUUAUCUUCGGUUCGUUCAGGCCCACUGCCUUACAGACACUGCUAUGUCGCGCUGACCUUCAUCUUGAACCUUUACAAGAUCCUGAUGGCCCUCAUGCGGUUGAUCAAUGGAGUGAGAUGACUUGUCGCGAUUGGAGGAUAGUGUAUGCGCGGGUCGACGAAAACUUGUCAAUAUAA